AUGAACGAGUUGCAGCAGUCAAUGACCACCAAUGGAUUUUUUAACUUCCAAUGGGUUGAUGAUUCACUGAAGUGGAACAUUUCUGACUUUGGUGGACAAGAAAAUCUGUGUAUAUCUAGUGAUAGUGUGUGGAUUCCUGACUUAACAGUUAUAGACACGGUUACCGAAAGAAAGAUGUUUGAGGAGAAAACUACCCUUGCAUGCAUACAUAACACAGGAUUAGUAAGCUGGGGACAUGGAGAUCUUUACAAGACUCAGUGUGACUUUGAUAUUCUCUAUUUUCCGUUUGAUACUCAGGUCUGUUCCAUAUUACUCUCCACCUGGCAGACACCGUCGGAUAAAGCACGAUUUACACCUUUAGUAAACAAGUCGUUCACUAACCGAUCAACAGAUGGAAAUCCAUUGUGGAUAAUAAAAGAUUUUUCAGGGGAAGUUCUGAGGGCUGAAUAUCCUAUGUUUCGCGUUACCUUCACCUUAAAGCGCCGACCAGCAUACUAUGUCUUCAACCUAAUAAUCCCUAUCAUGCUCCUGUCCCUUCUCAGCUCCCUGGUGUUUGCUCUGCCUUUAGAAUACGGAGACAAAGUGGCUCUCUCCAUGACAGUUCUGCUCUCUUUCACUGUGUUCCUGACUCAGAUGACCGACAACAUGCCAAGAACAUCCCUACAGACGUCCUAUCUCACCAUCUACCUCACCAUUCUUCUCACUCUCAGCUCACUCUCUGUGGCCUUGUCAAUCCUCAUCCUUAGGGUGCAUCGGAAGACAGGUAAAGUACCUGUAAUAGUGCAGAGAUGUGUCACCUUGUUGAUAUGUUGUUCUCCACAGAAGCCAAACAUGAAGGUAGAUACGUCAGAUACAAUGGAGCGUCCUGGGGAUAACGACAGAGAGGAGAAACCUGUUGUCAGCGUGGCCUGGAAGGAUGUUUCUGAUGUACUUGAUGCCCUCUGUCUGAGACUCUUCAUGUUCCUCAAUGUCGGUUGUGGCAUUACUCUCUUUAUCCUACUCAUCUAA